AUGUCGGCCUCCGGAAAUCCUACUGCGUCGGGGUCGACCAGCGGUGAGAAGAAGACCUUCCCCCUGGAUGUCUCAGGCAAUGACCUGCCACCUUCGCCUGCCCCUUCUAGCCCUCACCCCGGUCGCCGGUAUAACAUUGCCACUGAGCUGGUAUUCACCGAGGGCAAUGACCAAUACAAUGCCAGCAGUGUCCCUAUCUACCAGAGUGCUACCUUCAAGCAAUCAUCUGGUAGCGGCGGUGGUGAAUAUGACUACACACGGUCCGGCAACCCCACCCGCACACACCUCGAGCGGCAUCUGGCCAAGAUCAUGUCCGCGCAGCGCACCCUCGUGGUGUCCUCUGGCAUGGCAGCGCUGGAUGUGAUCACUCGACUCCUUCGCCCCGGUAACGAGGUUGUUACCGGAGACGAUCUCUACGGCGGCACCAACCGUCUGCUCAAGUACCUCUCCACCACCCUCGAUAUCAUUGUCCACCACGUCGACACCACAGACAACAAGAAGGUGCAAGAAGUCCUGAGCCCUAAGACCGCCAUGGUCCUCCUCGAGACCCCCACCAACCCUCUGAUGAAGAUUGUCGACAUCGGCACCAUCGCCGCGGCCGCCCACGAAGCCAACCCUUCGUGCAUCGUCUCCGUCGAUAACACUAUGAUGUCUCCUCUCCUCCUCAACCCCCUCGACUUCGGUGCCGACGUCGUCUACGAGUCCGGCACCAAGUAUCUGUCCGGUCACCACGACCUGAUGGCCGGUGUCAUUGCCGUGAAUGACCUGACUCUCGGUGACCGAUUGUACCAACCCAUCAACACAUCUGGAUGCGGUCUUUCGCCAUUCGACUCGUGGCUGCUGCUGCGCGGUGUGAAGACCCUCAAGGUCCGCAUGGACCAGCAGCAGAGCAAUGCCCAGCGCAUUGCCGAGUUCCUCGAGUCGAGUGGCUUCAAGGUGCGCUACCCCGGUCUGCGCUCGCACAAGCAGUACGAUUUGCAUCACUCCAUGGCGCGGGGCGCCGGUGCGGUGCUUUCGUUCGAGACCGGUAACACCGAGUGCAGUGAGCGUAUUGUGGAAAGCGCGAAGAUCUGGGCCAUUAGUGUCAGCUUCGGUUGCGUGAACAGUCUCAUUAGUAUGCCCUGCCGCAUGAGCCAUGCCAGUAUCGACGCCAAGACGCGUGAGGAACGCGACAUGCCCGAGGAUCUUAUUCGACUGUGUGUCGGUAUUGAAGACGUGGAUGAUUUGAUUGACGAUCUGCGCCGUGCUUUGGUGGAAGCCGGAGCCGUGAAUGUGAAUAUGGAAGGCAUUGCCGCUCGCGAGAGCAAAUGA